CUAGCAACAGAAAUGUUGCUCACUUCGGAUAAAUUUGAACUAACUACAUUACAUAUAGCCGCAUUUUUUGAUAAAUACGAGCUCGUGAAAAUUCUGAUUGAACGCGGUUUAUCGGUAAUGGCAAAGGAUAUAAAUGGUAGAAUCCCUCUUCAUAUCGCCAUUGAAAAGAACGCUAAGAAGAUUAUCGAAAUAUUGCUAAAACAUGAACUAGCAACAGAAAUGUUGCUCACUUCGGAUAAAUAUGAACAAACUGCUUUACAUUUGGCCGCAAUCUCUGAUAAUUACGAGAUUGUGAACAUUCUUAUUGAUCGCGGUUUAUCGGUAAUGGCAAAGAAUAUAAAUGGUAGAAUCCCUCUUCAUAUCGCCAUUGAAAAGAACGCUAAGAAGGUUAUCGAAAUAUUGCUAAAACAUGAACUAGCAACAGAAAUGUUGCUCACUUCGGAUAAAUUUGAACUAACUACAUUACAUAUAGCCGCAUUUUUUGAUAAAUACGAGCUCGUGAAAAUUCUGAUUGAACGCGGUUUAUCGGUAAUGGCAAAGGAUAUAAAUGGUAGAAUCCCUCUUCAUAUCGCCAUUGAAAAGAACGCUAAGAAGAUUAUCGAAAUAUUGCUAAAACAUGAACUAGCAACAGAAAUGUUGCUCACUUCGGAUAAAUAUGAACAAACUGCUUUACAUUUGGCCACAUUCUAUGAUAAUUACGAGAUUGUGAACAUUCUUAUUGAACACGGUGCACCGGUAAUGGCAAAGAAUACAAAUGGUAAAAUCCCUCUUCAUAUCGCCAUUGAAAAGAACGCUAAGAAGGUUAUCGAAAUAUUGCUAAAACAUGAACAAGCAACAGAAAUGUUGCUCACUUCGGAUAAAUAUGAACAAACUGCUUUUCAUUUGGCCGCCAUCUCUGAUAAUUAUGAGCUCGUGAACAUUCUUAUUGAACGCGGUUUAUCGGUAAUGGCAAAGGAUAUAGAUGGUGAAAUUCCUUUUCAUACCGCAAUUCAAAAGAAUGCUAAGAAGGUUAUCGAAAUAUUGCUAAAACAUGAACAAGCAACAGAAAUGUUGCUCACUUCGGAUAACUUUGGACAAACUGCUUUACAUUUGGCCGCAAUCUCUGAUAAUUACGAGAUUGUGAACAUUCUUAUUGAUCGCGGUUUAUCGGUAAUGGCAAAGGAUAUAAAUGGUAGAAUCCCUCUUCAUAUCGCCAUUGAAAAGAACGCUAAGAAGGUUAUCGAAAUAUUGCUAAAACAUGAACAAGCAACAGAAAUGUUGCUCACUUCGGAUAAAUAUGAACAAACUGCUUUUCAUUUGGCCGCCAUCUCUGAUAAUUAUGAGCUCGUGAACAUUCUUAUUGAACGCGGUUUAUCGGUAAUGGCAAAGGAUAUAGAUGGUGAAAUUCCUUUUCAUACCGCAAUUCAAAAGAAUGCUAAGAAGGUUAUCGAAAUAUUGCUAAAACAUGAACAAGCAACAGAAAUGUUGCUCACUUCGGAUAACUUUGGACAAACUGCUUUACAUUUGGCCGCAAUCUCUGAUAAUUACGAGAUUGUGAACAUUCUUAUUGAUCGCGGUUUAUCGGUAAUGGCAAAGAAUAUAAAUGGUAGAAUCCCUCUUCAUAUCGCCAUUGAAAAGAACGCUAAGAAGGUUAUCGAAAUAUUGCUAAAACAUGAACUAGCAACAGAAAUGUUGCUCACUUCGGAUAAAUAUGAACAAACUGCUUUACAUUUGGCCACAUUCUAUGAUAAUUACGAGAUUGUGAACAUUCUUAUUGAACACGGUGCACCGGUAAUGGCAAAGAAUACAAAUGGUAAAAUCCCGCUUCAUAUCGCCAUUGAAAAGAACGCUAAGAAGGUUAUCGAAAUAUUGCUAAAACAUGAACAAGCAACAGAAAUGUUGCUCACUUCGGAUAAAUAUGAACAAACUGCUUUACAUUUGGCCGCCAUCUCUGAUAAUUAUGAGCUCGUGAACAUUCUUAUUGAACGCGGUUUAUCGGUAAUGGCAAAGGAUAUAGAUGGUGAAAUUCCUUUUCAUACCGCAAUUCAAAAGAAUGCUAAGAAGGUUAUCGAAAUAUUGCUAAAACAUGAACAAGCAACAGAAAUGUUGCUCACUUCGGAUAACUUUGGACAAACUGCUUUACAUUUGGCCGCAAUCUCUGAUAAUUACGAGAUUGUGAACAUUCUUAUUGAUCGCGGUUUAUCGGUAAUGGCAAAGGAUAUAAAUGGUAGAAUCCCUCUUCAUAUCGCCAUUGAAAAGAACGCUAAGAAGAUUAUCGAAAUAUUGCUAAAACAUGAACUAGCAACAGAAAUGUUGCUCACUUCGGAUAAAUAUGAACAAACUGCUUUACAUUUGGCCACAUUCUAUGAUAAUUACGAGAUUGUGAACAUUCUUAUUGAACACGGUGCACCGGUAAUGGCAAAGAAUACAAAUGGUAAAAUCCCUCUUCAUAUCGCCAUUGAAAAGAACGCUAAGAAGGUUAUCGAAAUAUUGCUAAAACAUGAACAAGCAACAGAAAUGUUGCUCACUUCGGAUAAAUAUGAACAAACUGCUUUUCAUUUGGCCGCCAUCUCUGAUAAUUAUGAGCUCGUGAACAUUCUUAUUGAACGCGGUUUAUCGGUAAUGGCAAAGGAUAUAGAUGGUGAAAUCCCUUUUCAUACCGCAAUUCGAAAGAAUGCUAAGAAGGUUAUCGAAAUAUUGCUAAAACAUGAACAAGCAACAGAAAUGUUGCUCACUUCGGAUAAAUAUGAACAAACUACUUUACAUUUGGCCGCCAUCUUUGAUUAUUAUGAACUCCUGAACAUUCUAUUUGAACGCGGUUUAUCGGUAAUGGCAAAGAAUACAAAUGGUAAAAUCCCUCUUCAUCUCGCCAUUGAACAGAACGCUAAGAAGGUUAUCGAAAGAUUGCUAAAACAUGAACAAGCAACAGAAAUGUUGCUCACUUCGGAUAAAUAUGAACAAACUGCAUUACAUUUGGCCACAUUCUAUGAUAAUUACGAGAUUGUGAACAUUCUUAUUGAACGCGGUGCACCGGUAAUGGCAAAGGAUAUAAAUGGUAGAAUCCCUCUUCAUACCGCCAUUGAAAAGAACGCUAAGAAGGUUAUCGAAAUAUUGCUAAAACAUGAACUAGCAACAGAAAUGUUGCUCACUUCGGAUAAAUAUGAACAAACUGCUUUACAUUUGGCCACAUUCUAUGAUAAUUACGAGAUUGUGAACAUUCUUAUUGAACGCGGUUUAUCGGUAAUGGCAAAGGAUAUAGAUGGUGAAAUUCCUUUUCAUACCGCAAUUCAAAAGAAUGCUAAGAAGGUUAUCGAAAUAUUGCUAAAAUAUGAACAAGCAACAGAAAUGUUGCUCACUUCGGAUAAUGAUGGACAAACUGCUUUACAUUUUGCCGCAAUCUCUGAUAAUUACGAGAUUGUGAACAUUCUUAUUGAUCGCGGUUUAUCGGUAAUGGCAAAGAAUAUAAAUGGUAGAAUCCCUCUUCAUAUUGCCAUUAUGGAGAACGCAAAUCGGGUUACCGAAAUAUUGCUAAAACAUGAACAAGCAACAGAAAUGUUGCUCACUUCGGAUAAAUAUGAACAAACUACUUUACAUAUGGCCGCCAUCUCUGAUAAUUAUGAACUCCUGAACAUUCUAAUUGAACGCGGUUUAUCGGUAAUGGCAAAGGAUAAAGAUGGUAAAAUCCCUCUUCAUAUCGCCAUUGAAAAGAACGCUAAGAAGGUUAUCGAAAUAUUGCUAAAACACAAACAAGCAACAAAAAUGUUGCGCACUUCGAAUUUGAACGCGGUGCAUCGGUAGUUGCAAAAGAUAAAUAAGGUGAAAUCCCUUUUUAAAUCGCCAUUAAAAAGAAAGCAAAGAAGAUUGUAGGAAUAUUGCUAAAACAUAAACAAGCAACAGAAAUGGUGCUCACUUUUGAUAACUUUGGACGAACUGCUUUAUUUAUAAAAGAUAUUUUUUAUUCAGGCCUAUUUGCGUACAAGCUUUACGUGGCUGUGGCUCGUUGUCACCUUUUUUCUAGGGGGAGAGGAGCUUCCAUUCCCCUCCUUCGAGGAUUGAGGUGCAGUUUGUUCGCGGUUCGUCUCGUCAUUCAUUGCCGCAUCGGUGGUAUUGUUGUGGAUUUCGUUGCUAGUUGAUAUAGAUGCACCUUGUUGUACAUUGUUUGCAGUUGCUGGUUGGUUGGAUGGUAAGUUGUUAACUGCAGCUGGUGUACUUUGUUCUAUAGAGGAUACUGAUGGUUUCGUUGAAGGGGAUGCUUCCCUGUUGUUGGUGACUGUCACAGGUAUACUGGGGUUGCUUGGGAUUGGUGUGAAGGAAGCACCGUUGUCCUUCGGUAUAGUUGUCUUCUUGUUCAGUUUAUCACAUAGCUUACCGUAGUGAACAGCUUUUUGGAAAUAUUGACAUGUGGCCAUCUGAUUGUCAUAGGUAACAAGUGAUUUGCACGGGAUUCUUGUAUCCUGACCAAAAGUCACAUAAGAAGGUAUAGGUCUCUUCAAACGCAUGUGUAACAAACGUACGCCAUUUAGAAUACCGGGGAAAAAGCUCUCCCACUUUUCUUUUUCGAUAAAGAGAAUCUCUCCGUAUUGGGACAUAGUUUUACGAACAUAAGGAUCGAUGACGCUUGAGGGAAGAUCAUGCACACGCACUUCUAUAGCACUAUCUUCCAUAUAUACUGCAAUGUUGUACUUAAUGUUUUCGUGCUCCACAUAGUGCACACAUCGACUGACUGGCUCAAACAUGAGCAGGCAUCCAAAUUGCUGAACACCCCAGAAAAAGACGGAUGCACUCCUUUGCAACAUGCCAAACUCGUUAAAAACCCCUACAGUUUUAGAAAUUUUAUCGAAUUCUUCUCUUACGCGUAUUAAGCUGACCGCUGAAAAUAUUCCCAAUGAAUUGAUCGAAUUAUUUUAUCCAUGUGGACUAACAGAAAAGCUGAAAAAUUUUGCAAUAAGGUACGUUCUUGGGUUCUCCACGACAGAUCUAGAACUGUAGCAAAUACGCUAUUCAAAGAAAUUUGGCCUGAAUCCGCAAACCUUCAGAACACGCAUAAAAACUAUAAUAUUACGUGUAUUUUAAACAGGAAAGUCGGAUGUCGCAUAUGGAAAGGUUUUCUUUUUGUCUAGAAAUCACUGAAAGUUUUUUAUUAUAAUCGGCUACAAAUGAUUCGAAGGCUUGGAAAGUUUGAAACGAUAUCCUAUGAGUUUUCGCAAUUCACCGUGAUAUGAAUUUAUUUCAUCAUCAUAAAAUGGAAUCCACGAAUGCUUCUCUAAUAUUUUUUCCAAAACUUUCGAUAGCUUUUGUAUUGAAAGAAGGAAAUAUUUGAUGUUUUAUGUGACGUUGAACACAAAAGGCUAUCACAAUAGCAGAAUGAAUUUUAAUGAAGUUUAUUACAGCUAAGCAAUUAAUUCUUGCUAGGAUUUCAACGUACGUAAAUAUAGGGUGAUUUUUUAAGAGCUUGAGAACUUUUUUAAACAAUAAAACGCAUAAAAUUUGCAAAAUCUCAUCGGUUCUUUAUUUUAAACGUUAGAUUGGUACAUGACAUUUACUUUUUGAAGAUAAUUUCAUUUAAAUGUUGACCGCGGCUGCGUCUUAGGUGGUCCAUUCGGAAAGUCCAAUUUUGGGCAGCUUUUUCGAGCAUUUCGGCCGGAAUAGCCCGAAUUUCUUCGGAAAUGUUGUCUUCCAAAGCUGGAAUAGUUACUGGCUUAUUUCUGUAGACUUUAGACUUGACGUAGCCCCACAAAAAAUAGUCUAAAGGCGUCAAAUCGCAUGAUCUUGGUGGCCAACUUACCGGUCCAUUUCUUGAGAUGAAUUGUUCUCCGAAGUUUUCCCUCAAAAUGGCCAUAGAAUCGCGAGCUGUGUGGCAUGUAGCGCCAUCUUGUUGAAACCACAUGUCAACCAAGUUCAGUUCUUCCAUUUUUGGCAACAAAAAGUUUGUUAGCAUCGAACGAUAGCGAUCGCCAUUCACUGUAACGUUGCGUCCAACAGCAUCUUUGAAAAAAUACGGUCCAAUGAUUCCACCAGCGUACAAACCACACCAAACAGUGCAUUUUUCGGGAUGCAUGGGCAGUUCUUGAACGGCUUCUGGUUGCUCUUCACUCCAAAUGCGGCAAUUUUGCUUAUUUACGUAGCCAUUCAACCAGAAAUGAGCCUCAUCGCUGAACAAAAUUUGUCGAUAAAAAAGCGGAUUUUCCGAAUGGACCACCUAAGACGCAGCCGCGGUCAACAUUUAAAUGAAAUUAUCUUCAAAAAGUAAAUGUCAUGUACCAAUCUAACGUUUAAAAUAAAGAACCGAUGAGAUUUUGCAAAUUUUAUGCGUUUUAUUGUUUAAAAAAGUUAUCAAGCUCUUAAAAAAUCACCCUGUAAUUAUCUAAAACUCAAUUAUCACAGAAAAAUUCGAAACGAAUGUACCAAUUUCUUAGUCGCUUCGAAAUGUUCGAACUCCAUGCAAACAAAGCACUCUUUAAAGAGCAGCUGAGUUUGAUUUCUAUUGAUUUCGGUCAAGUAUGAAAAAAGUAACGCAAGUUUGACUCAUUGUUAAAAAUGCUGAACAAUUAAUCUGAUGCGUGCCGAUGACAUUGCAACAAUGACUGCUAACUAUCUAGUCAUUAUUGAUAUAGUAGUAGAAUUUGUGGUGACCUGUGAAAAACUGUAAAUUGUAAUCUAUAAAUAGGACAUUAUAAAACUUCUAAUCAAGACAAUAAUCAUGCGUAGAUGAUUCACUACAUGUUGAUGGUUGUACUACACUUUUGUAUUUUACACCUUGAGUUUAGAUUAUCUGAGUCACGAAUGCACCAUUUUCUUUAUUUUAUGUCAGACGAUAGUUGCCAAUAAACAGUUAGUAAAGUUCAAAACUCUAGAAAUAUUCUGAAAUAGUAAUUCGAAAUAGAAUUUCUACACUGAAUUUUAGACAGGAUGUGCCUUUAGGAUUUGCAUUAUAUACACGAUCAAUCAUAGGUAAGAAUGAAUGAAAAUAUGUGAUUAUUGAACACUUUACUGGUUUGCCUACCAAGGGAAGAAAUAUAUUCUUAUGUUGUGCGAUUCUUUCUGAUCAUAUUUAUGUAAUUUGUAGCAGAAAGUAUAGGAAAAUAAUAGAUUAAGAAAAAUGUAAUAUUUAGA